CACCUCCAGAUUUUUUUUUUCCUCAAAUUAGUUAUGUAUCCCUUACAUCUAUGGUAAAACACCUCCAGGAAGACCUACAGGUAGUAAUUUCUUUUAGAUCUUUUGUUUGACAAUGCAGUUCCUUUACAGAGAGGUAUUUGUUCUAUAAUGGCAUAAACGCCACAACUGUUGUCGUAGCGCAGUGCCUGUUUUCAGUACUUGCUCCAAGACACGUAGGAGCCACUCUGAGGUGCUGAUCCACUGGUUUUGCCAACAGUGAUGAUGUCUCUGAAGAAAAAAGUAGAUUGGAACCUUGUUACUAACUUGGCAGUAGCUGUUUGAGUAGAGUCUGGUGCUCUUCCCUUAACAUCUGGAUAGCAGGUUCUGCAAUACCUAGGCAGCUUCGGUUCCGUGUGAAGCAGUGAAUGUUUCUCAGAGGCUGUCUUCACUUUUGACUUUAAGAGUUUGGUCGUGGGCUGGCAUUCCAGUUGUGUGUGGAUCCAAACCAGUUGUUUCUAAUAGCAAUUUCUAGCUUGAUGAAAGUGAGGGUUUUUCGCUGGACUGACAUCUGCCAGGGCUGUGCUAUGUUCUAAUUUGUUUUACAAAAUGAUGCAUUUUCCUCAAUAAUGCUGGUAUUUCCACAGUUCUUAUGCCUGGAGUUCUUUUGCACUCCACUGUUUAGACUUAGUGCUUUUUCAGCAGUCGCUCUGCUUUAGGUUUUAUUAGUGCUUGUGUUAGUAAGUAGAGUCGGAUGAGGAUUAGCCCUGUUGCUCUAUUUCGGAUCCGUGUAGUCAAUACAGGAGUCUUGCUGCAAGGACAGGCAUUGUUCUGCACCUACCCUAGACAAGUUCUGCAGGAAAACCCCCUCCCGUUGUGUUUGCACACGUACUUGGAUUUGAAACUCAUCAUGGGUGUUGGUAGUGUCUGUCUAGCUGAGUAUUAUAUGGGAAACUCCUGUACGCAGAAGGCCAAAGAAAUGAGGUGCUUCUUGCCCAUCUCAUGGAUUCUCCAACUUGCCUUAAACGUGUAAGCAGGUCAGCAAGUGAGAAACUGUCUUUUCUUCAGAAGAGCAAGCUCAUAGUUUGUAAUGAGAAUUAUUACCUUAAGCCCUAUGCUUCAAUAGGUAUUUUUUUAAUGUCUCUGAAAAAUUUCUGCCAAUAAUUCAUUGCUGUUAGUGGCUUAUAUUGCAACCCAGUCACAGGAAGACAAAUAGAAUACAAGAUGAUACUUUUUUUGCUGCCCAGCAAAGGCCAGGCCUUAACUUCUUAAAGCAGAAAAAAUGUUUUCAGUGGAAAAAUCGCCUACACACAUAAAAGGGAGGUUAUUGAACACGAUCUCCAAGCGUCCACAUCUUGUGUUAUUGAAAAGACUUUUCUGGGUAACGAAUGAGGAUGACUUACGGGGGUUUGGUAGGAACCUUUUUUCGUUAUUCCACACCUCGGUCACUCUGAAGACCACGCUGCAAAAGAAACCUCAGGAAUCGCAGCAAACGUUUCCCCCUUUUGCCAAGCGUCUCGGUGUUUCCGUGGCUAUGCCACGAGGUGGCGUAGCGAUCCCGCGUGGGUCGUGAGCCGGGUGGCUGUGCUGCGUGGGGAGCGCUGGGAGCCCCAUGGAGGGGCUCAGAAACAGGGGGUGUGUGUUGCAGAAGGCUGCUGAAGUGGCCAUGAGCCCUUGGUCUGUCUUCCCAAAGCUGCUCUGUUUGUCUGCUGGUGCGUUUGGGUUUGUUCUCCCAGUUUUUGUGUGUUAACCCACUCAGCAGCUUGAGUUUGUAUCGGGUUGGCGUUGGGAAAUUUUACAUUUAAACCUGAGGGAACUCUCAUAGGAGUACUCCAGACCUUUUUCUGCUGUGAAGCGGGGGUGUGUGUGUGUCAGUGAAUGGUAACGUGCCGCUUUCUGUAUCGGCUUAAAAAAAAUCACUAUCUGCACCAAGGCUUCGGAGUUGUUCAAUUUAUCUGCCAUGGGCAGCUCUGGGAAAAUCCUAGCGUUUGACCUUUAGCCCUUUGGAUAUUAUUCUUAGCAGAGUUAGGUAAGGUCGGUCUUGAGUAAAAGGUGAAUUGCAUAAGUAGGGAUUGAAAGAUCAAAUCACAAGUUUCUUGCCUGACUCUUCAGUUUCCUCUCCAGCUUUACACAUGCUUGUUGCAGUGUUUGCAAACGCUGUAUUUGGGUUCUUGCACACAAUUUUGAAAUGUAAAUGUGACUUCUUAUAAUAUCUCCCCUACUUCAAAAUUUCCUCAUGCAGAAUCGGUAUUGUUACAGCCUUAACUAUUCCAUUAUUGCUGCAAUGGUGCUGAGCUCAGAGAAGAAAUUAUUUGUCUUUUCAGUCCCUUUGAGAUCCUUGGUUUCUUGUGCUAUGAAGUGCAACAUCAGCCUAUCCCUAUUUUUUUGCAAAUGGGUCGAAUGUUGUUGAUGCAUUGGCAAGACUAGGAGGUGAGAAGAGCAGCAGCCAGGUGUGCAAUUUUCUACAGGUAACACAAAUGGUGAACUGAAGGUUGGAGGAGAGGUAACAACCGUGCUGACACUUGUCUCGGCUCAACGUAGAGAAAAGUACAGUCGGGGGAGUAGCUACAGUCAGUUUGUCCUACUCGGUCCAUCAAGUAACUUCACUUUGUGAUUGCAGAGGUGGUUAGGAUUCAUUUCCCUCAAAUCUAAGGAUAUAGUCUUGAGAUUUGGCUCUUGGGAUGGGGAAAGGAGAUGUUGCAGGCAGUCAGAUGCAGCCUGCACCAGCAGACCAAAAAAACCCGAUUGCCCCAUUCCAGCCUUGAAUGUCAUUUCUUGCCACGGUGUGUGGAUCUGUCAAGCUGUUUAGCUGCAAUAUGACAGAUUGUCCUAUUAAUGUGUCAUCAAGUGCACUUUUACAAAUUCAUGGCUUGUCUACAACUAACCUGAAAAAAGAGGCUUAAGUAUGAGAAGGCGCCAAAGAAAGUUAAAUAUUAUUAACAAAUAAAGUCUGCCACGUAGUUUUGAUGGAAUGUGAGCUGGUUGGGGGAGGGGUGAUAUGCUGUUAACUAUUUAGCUUCUGUGUAACUUCCCUUCUUACUCUCUUUCCCAAACUCCAUUUCUUUCAAAAGAUGCUUUAAAAAAAAAAAAAAAAAAAAAUCUGUAUUCUCCUUCUUGAUUUUGCACUCAGAUUGUUCGUGCCUCAGUUUCCCUGAGCCAUAGAUAAUAAAGCUGUUGCUCCUGAGCUGCCCUGGCUGCCUUUAAAGUCUGAUGAAGAACCAUGCUGGCAUGAUUACUUGAAUUACGGAGGGCAUGGUAACGGGAAUGUUAAAAUUGAUGGAAACUCAUUCAGGAAAGAAGUACUUACUUGCUGAGGUAAAGCAAAAGCUGAGGAGGGUUUUGCCAGUGUGCAGCUGAGGAGUGGAGCAGCGAGAAAAAUCAGAUGUCAUCUACACUCAGACGUACCUGAAAUCUUGCCUCGUGUGAGGGGAGAUGAGGAUGAAAAAAGAGAUGAGAUUCUACAUCCUGACAGCUGCUUGCGGCAUUGGGACUUACUGCUCAUCGUCUCAUUAAAGAAAAGUGAAGAUAAACCCAGCUAAAGAGGGAGAGAAGCUAGACUCGGGAAAACUUUAUCUGCUCCUAAUGGACCUAAGUACAUCCUCAGAUUCUCUGCUUCUCACUGUUUUGACUUUUAUGAGAUGAGAAAUCUAUUUUCUCCUUAGAAGGCUGAGCACUUGGCUGAGCUGUGAUGCUUUCAGCCUCUUGAGAAGAGCAGGGGCUGUAGCAACCUUGGACUACGGUUCCCCAGCACAUUGAAAGGGAAGGAUGAGGACUUGUCACUGAGGACAGGGGAGUAUCAUUCGAGAGAGAAUGGAUGGAACGUAUUCAAGCCGGCUUUGAACCGAACACAAUGCUUCAAGUGACAGCAAGUGAAAGCUCCUGUUGAAGAGGAACAACCUAACCACCCCCCUAAUGAGUUUGUGUUGUCAGCUCUGGCCUGAGCAACUGUUGCCCUGAGCAAUUUGACUUCUCUAGGUUUCAUAGUUGAGUGCAUUUUAAACGAGUCUGAAGACUUAUUGGGGGGGGCGUGGGGGGAGCGACACUUCAAGGUGGGUGGCAGGACUUUCCAGGGCCUCUUGUAUUUAUGUAAGCUUCAAGAGGCUGAAUGGACUUACCUCUUUCUUCGAGUGAAUCCAGAUUUUCAAACAAGUUUAUCUAUACCAUUUCCAUGUGUCCUGCUUGAACAGAGAUCUCUCCAGCAACCAGCGCAUCCGUGCAUGCUGCUGAUUUGACAUUGCAUAGCCCAGAGGAUCAUCUUUAAUAGUUCUAACCUUUUUAUGUUUUAUUUUUUUAGAGAGAAGUCUGUGUCUGUUCCUAUUAUUGGUGGUGAAGGUUUUUGUGCUUGGAGAGUGCCCUUCCUGACUUGGCCCCUUCCUUUUCAAAAUGAAGGGGUGCACCUGGGUAUUUGUGGCAUCUUUACUUUGUCAGCAGUUUUGCCUCUUCAGAGUUACAGCAGCAAAGAGAGAGAGGAAGAUGAAGAAAGAACCUAAUCAGUAUACGGAGCCUUUCAAUGCGACCCUCUCAAACAGUGAGGAACUGCACGGGCAUCCCAAGAUCCUAGAAUCUCCAGAUCCUCGAAUCACGGAUCCACGGCGGACCUGGAUCUCCUUUGUUCACCGCCCAGAUGAUGGCAAUACCUCUAAAAGGAGAUGCAAAGGGAAAGACAAGAAAUUACGUGGCCUUGUUGGGCCCCCAGGACCUCCUGGUCCCCAGGGACCUCCAGGAGCACCUGGUGCUGAAGUCACCCGGGAAGUCCUCCUGCAGGAGUUUAAGGAGAUAUUAAAAGAAGCCAUUGAGCGUCGAGCAUCCCUGGCUAUUUCAGCCCAUCCUAGCCAGCUGCCUCCACUCCUGCUCUCCUUGGAGGAAGUUUCGCCCCACAGACAUGUAGAGGAGGCAUUCCAUUGCAAGCUAAAAGGACAAGUCAUUGUAGAUAAGAAGACCCUGGUAGAACUUCAGAACUUCCAGUCGCCUCUGGCCAAAGGAGCUUUUCUCCGGGGGACGGGAUUAAAUCUGGCAACAGGACGUUUCACAGCACCUGUGUCCGGCAUCUACCAGUUUUCAGCAAAUGUCCACGUUGACCACAGUGAGUUGAAGAGUAAAGUCCAACUCCGAGCCAGAGAUAAUGUCCGAGUGUUGAUCUGCAUUGAAUCUCUGUGCCACCGAUACACGUCUUUCCAGCUGAAGCUGCUAGAAAAUUGUUCUGGUUCUAGCUGGGAUGUGCGAACAACCUCUUUGUCACAUACAGCCCGGGCAGGUCUUUGGAAGUCAUUGCUGGUCUGGAAAGUAACAGCAAAAUCUUCACUAUCUAUGUCCAUGGCUUACUGCAGCUGCAGGCUGGCCAGUACACCUCCAUAUUUGUGGACAACAGUGCUGGAGCUCCCAUCACCAUUCAGAAUGGAUCGGACUUCAUGGGGAUGUUAAUGGGCGCAUAACAUCAUCUGCAGCAGUGUAGCAGGGAAGGAUAUGAAUUAGAGCCUUGCAGUGUAUAUUUGACUGAAGAAACCUUUAUUUUGACUCUUGAAGACUGCUUCCUGUAACUGUUGGCAUCUUUUUAAACAAAGAGCCUUUCCUUUCACAGAUACUUCAGCUUGCUUUCAGAGGCUACUGCUUUUCAAGGUCCACACCAGUUCAUUCAUCAUAAAAAAAAAAUAUAUAUAUAUAUACUUUUAUAAUUCAGAAACAAACUCUGUAAUAUUUAAUUUGUGCUUCACCAGAUGCUCACUGAACAAUACACUGAGAUUUGGAAUUUGUAACGUUAUAACUUUAUUUCACAAUAGCACUUGUAAUCAGCAUGUCUUUUGGGAUUGUUUGUGGGGUGUUUGAGUUUGUAAAUGAAGGAUUGAGAGGGGAAGUAAAAUAGUGACUAUAUUCUGUGUGUUGUGGAGGAAGGAGACAAAGAUUUGCCAGCAAAACUGCUUUUUUCAUACGAUUGUAAGUGGUAUAGGCCCUCUCUCGUGUUCAGAAUUGGAUAUAUUUGGCAAGAAGUAUGUUGAAUUUUCAGACAAUGCCUGCUUCACAGAUGGGAAUCCAAGGUCUGAACUCUUUAUUUGUGAUUUUUUUAUAUCUAAGUAUUUCCUUGAUCUUAUUGAUGAAGCUGAAUACCUCGCUGCCUGUGCAGUUUUGUUUUUAUGAAAAGGUAAGGCCCAUGGCACCAGUUCUAGCAUGAACUCCCUUACUUGUGUUCUUAUGUUUUAGUAAGAUAUACACGUGGUUUUGGACUGCAUCACAUAAGCAGCAUCCUCUCAGGUGCCAUAUAAUCACUUGUAAACGUGUCAGAUGCAUUACACUGGUUGUCAAAAGCCUGGCAGAGACAGUGAGGACAGCAGCCUCGGAUCAGCCGCGUCACCUAUUAGGUGCUUGUUGAACUGCAGCGGAGUAACGGAAGAGUACAUGGGGCAAAGCUUAUGUCCUUCAGGUGGCCAGGGUCAUAGGGAGUCUAUCUGAGCUCUGCUUGAAGGUUGAAAGCGCUGUCAAAGACUGUCCAAAAGACCAUCCAGUGAAUGUUUUCUGGAUUUCUACAAAUCCAUUUGCAAAUGUAAGCGUGUGAGAUUGAGCCCCCAAAGCAGCUUUGCAUAUAGCUCCAGGCUAUAAACUCAUUUUAACAUGUAAUUGACAUUCCAUGGGGUUAAGGUGUUACCCGAGAUGUGGUAACAUCCUUGUGAUGAAAAAACCCACACUCAUUUAAUGUAUCUCUGUAGCUUUCCCUUUCGAACAGAGACCUUGCCCUUUCAUUGACUCAAUGUAGCUAAGGAAAUGGCUGUGUAACAGUGGCAUCAGUAGAUGGUAGCAAGGCCUAAACCAGAGCCCAGAUACUUGUUCUUGAAUGUUUGCAUUGAAUGGGAGAUAUCCCUUCUAUACUAUUGCAAUUUUUUUAUCAACUACAAUAUCUUCGUGCAAUGAAAACAGACUGCUGGGGACAGCAGAAGGCAUGAAAAAAAAAAAAAAAAAGAAGUCAUCCGUUGCUGGGUCUGUUGUUCCGGUUGAUCAAUAUAUGAUGUUUCUACAAGCUCCGGUGAUACUGCUGUUGAGGUUGGUGGUAUGCAAAGAUGUCUUAUUUCAAGAGCUGUGGAAAAAUCUUCUGUAAAACACGCAUGGCUUAAACUGGGGUUUUUUUUCAUCUGCAUUAUAAAUAGCUUGAGACAGAUCUUUAAGAGUAAUAAAUGGUAAUUUUUCCUUUGUGAAGAACAUGUUAAAGUGAUACCUAUUGGAGGAGGAAGGAGAGGGAACAGGGAAUAAUCAAGUAGUGCUGUUACACAAGGAAAAUUCCACUUUCUAGUCAAUAAAUGUGAUUGUUCUAAGUGGACCUGUGUGACUGUCUAAAAUAUAGCAGCUAUUGAUUUUUAUAUGUUCAGUCUUGCUCCACAAUACAUGCCAGAAUUCCUAUGGAUUUUUUUUGUAGUAUACUUUGGGGAGAAUGUCCUUUUAAGCAUAAACUGGGUGUUCCGCUGGCAGAGGGGAGUCCACAGCUCUUGAAAGGCAUGGCAAGUAGCAACAGUAGUCAUUUCUGGAGCUUCAGAAGGCAUAAACCACACAUGAAUAUCACUAAAUCCUAUCAAUAAAGAUUGGCUGUUUACACUGGGUUUUGAUGGAGUGAGUGUAAUCGGGGCAAGUGGCCUAUAUCCCAGCAUGUAUUACUAUCCUGUACUUUGUACUGUGUGAAUGUUUGUAAUAAAUUGGUCUGUUUUGUGCAUGACUUACAGCAACGUAAUCACAGUGUUGUGACAUUCAGCAUAUGUCGGUGUAUCUGUAGGUUUUUGAACCAAGUCUCACUGUUCUUGGUAAAUCAGAGUUAAAAUAUUUAUUUUGUUGUAGAACUAAACAUGUUU